CCUGCAGAAAUUAACAUCAUCAUACUUUCUUUUAUUAAAAAAGCAGUAUUUUUAAAUCGUUGCUCAUUAGUUUGCCGUCAAUGGUAUUCAUUUUUGAAUAAUCAAUCCAUUUGGCAAUGUUUGUAUUUAACUCGUUGGAGAAAUGAUACAAAAUUAAAUAAUGAAAUUGAAGAAAAUUGGAAGAAACUUUAUCGGAUUCGUUCUAUGAUACAUGAACUGGAAUAUUUAGAAGAAAAACCUUCUUCAGUUAAAAAAAUGAAGAAAUGUGAAGAAUAUACUUUCGCAAUUCGCCAGCUGACAGUCUCACAGCUUUUAGAGUUUUGGAAAGAAUUAACAAUAAUUCAUGAUAUAAAUGAAUUCAAACAACGAUCGACAAGACUACAAGAAUACCAUGGGAGAAAAGGUAUUCUUGAAGAAUACACUAAUAAUGUAGAGAGAUUUAAUGUUCCAGAACCAUCUCAAUUACCGUCUCAGCUGCAAACAGUUUUGAGAACAGCCUACGUCUAUGACUAUGAUAGUCCAGAAGAAAGCAAUGAAGAACGCAAUCCACAAAAAUUUGAAUGUAAAAUUGCAUUGUACAAUAUGAACGAAGAACAUCCAGCAAAACCAUUGGAAUUAACUCUUGUAAAACUCCAUGGAUAUAAAGGUAGAGCAUCACGUUAUUCUGGUUAUUGUGAAGAAAUUCAUUUAAAAUUUAAAAGUGGAAAGGAAGUAAUACGUUUCGAAGGAGGUGAUUUAGUUAUGCCAAGUUAUCGUCUAUUCACUGAUAUAAAUGAACAGCUCAAUCUUCCGUCCGGUUUCGUUGUUUCUUUAGCAAUACAUCUUUUACCUCUUCACAUAGAAAAAAUACAAUAG